CCUGGGAUGCCUAGGGUCGUGGGGGCAAAGCUGGAUUUCAGAGACAUCCCCAUUGGCUCUGGGCAUGGGGGAAACAAAAGAAAGAGUGGGAAAGCUCAUGGAGAUGAGGUGGGAUGGCUCCCAUGACUGCUGCACUGCAAGGGAAGGAUAACAAGGACCGUGUGUCCCACAGGCACACAGGUGCAGGCAUGCUGCCACACGCUGUGGUUUCACCCGACUGGCAGCUGAGCAGCACCCGGCCGUUCGCUCACUCCACCCCUGCCCCCAGUGUGCAAUGCGGGAGAGAGCUAUAGAGAAACUCGUGGGGCGAGAUACAAGCGGAAAAGGACAGAAAGGGAAAACAGUUACAGACAUUCAGAUGAUAAUUGUACAUGCAUGUAUCUCCACACAAAUUCACAGCCUUUGCACAGACGUUUUGAGAAGCAAACCGGAGUAAGCUGACUCUCACCCUGCGCUUGCUGGUAGGAUCUCCUCUUCUGAGGACACCUCUGCUGUGGGUGGGAAGAGGACACAUGGUAAAGAGCUCCCUCUGAAACAAGAGACAUCGUAUCAGGGGUCUGAGUCACCUCCUGCACCUGUCUGUUCCUGUAUUCUGUAAGGACCUGCAGUGGCUGAGGGCAGGAUUCACAUCCCUGCUGUAUGUUCCUGAUGGAAGGUGCCAAGCAGCCGUCCCUUUAGGCUUAACUAAAGUCAGCUUUGGAAAUGGACAGGCAAGCCAAAGGCUCCACAGUGUCUUGGAAGUGGCUGCAGGUCAUACCUAGUUUAAACUUCACACAAAGAGGCAGAGAGGAAACGUAUCCGUAAAAAUGCUGUGAGAAACCAGCAGUUGUUUCCCAAGUACAGCGAUAAUGGAGGAACAAAUAAGCACAGCGCACAGGUCUUAUAACAAACCAGUAAUCCCCUUCAUCGGACAUUCUGGGGAAGAAGGUCUUUGUGAAGGAGUCUUCCUCAUGCUGCCCUUCACAGACACAGAGCUGGGAGACCUUGAGGCCCGGCAUGAACAGCUGUGGCCUGAGGACGGUCCUUCCCCACCCGCUGCCCCGGCAGGCGCUGAUCAUGGGGCAAGCAAUGCCUGUCCCUGGCUGGCAUGUGUGCUACCAGGCCAUGUGCUUGGCAAGGCUGUGGGCCCUGCACCGCCUUCAGCUCCAUGCUUCUGAGUGCCGCUGCCUGGAGGAAUGGCGGCCUCCUGGAGGGCAGCGCUCGUCCCUCCCGAGCAGGACAGGCCUUCCCACCCAGGCCUCUCAGCUGGGCCCGGAGCCCUGCUGCAGUGCUGCCUGGCGUUGCCCACAGAGCUGGAGGCCCGGCCCUGCUGAGCCCUGCUGUGCAGCUCCUGCUGCCUCAUGGGCCCAGCUCCAGCCUGCUGACAGGCCAUGUUGGAGCUCUCGUGGCAGGGCAGGGCCAGAGCUCUGCAACACGAGCGCAAUAAGGAGAGAGCAAUGCCCCAGACCCUGCUGGCAUCCCUGUCCCACACAUUACAUCCUCGCACCCUCAGCAGGAGCGCGGCCCUGCAGCUGUGUUCCCAGGAGCCCCUGGUGCCCAUUGAGCCAUUCCACCACACACUGACCCUACAGUGGGGCCAGGCGCUGCCCCACAUCCCAGCCCUGCAUACAGGCAGGGUUUCACUUUUGAAAACGGCUGCGCACCCGUCGCACACUUCCUCCUUCCCCAGCACUGGGGUGCACACGGUGACACAGGCAGGGACAGCUCGGCCCUGUGCCUUCCCCUGUGAAGUUGGGGUUUCUGUGCUGUCCCCUCAGCAGCCGGAUGCCCCUAGGACUCCUGCAAUCUGCAGCUGUCCCUGUGUCUGCUCCUGGCACAGCAAUACCAAAGUGGAGGAGUGGGACACCUUCCCAAAUGCUGCAGCCUCAAGUCGAAGAACAUCACUUUGUGCCACGUAUCGCUUCCGUGCAGGUGGCAUGGCAGAUGCAUGCGGUCGGUGUUGACACUGGGUCCCCAUGUGGGGGAACACAUGUCCUCCUGCCUGUGCUGCAGAGAGCAUAUGGGGGUUCUGUGUGCCCAGAUGCUGGCAGAGCCAUGUCCCACUGCCUGAUGCAAGGGGCCGGGCAUGGCCCUUUUGUGCAUGUCCUGUCCAGCAUGGGGACCUUAUUCACCCCACUACUGCCUGAGGAACCUCAAUGGCAGCUCUAGGACCCCAACAUAAUGGGGAGGGACAUAGGGUACAGAUGGAGACCCUGUUUGGGGUCACACUUGUCCCUGAGGGGACCCACUCCACAUGGACACAGCCUCAGCUCCAGCCCCAGUGCAGGGACAGACAGCAUCUGGGCAGGCUGGCUCACCUCAGUGACAUGCAGGUAGUGAGUGCCCGUUGUAGGGCUCUGUGACACCAGAAGCGGAGACAAGCCUCAUAUUUGGGCAUGAAGCAGGUUAUUGGAGGCUGGGCCCUGGCAGGCGGCAGAUAACCGUGCUGAUAAUGACUCCCACCAUACAUCGCCAUCCCCAUUGGCUCCUGCCAGCAGGGGCUGCCUAUAUAUCCCCCUCCCCAUCUCAGGCUCUGGGCUGGGCCUGUGUGGCAUGAUGGUGCCUGCCAGGGUGCUGGGGCUGCUCCUCUGCGUGCAGCUCUGCAUGGGCAGCGAGGUGCUGCGGCUGGUGGAUGGCGGUGGGCGUUGUGCCGGUCGGGUGGAGGUGAAGCACGAGGGAGAAUGGGGCUCUGUCUGCACCUAUGACAUCGACUGGGACGCGCAACGGGCCAGCGUGGUGUGCCGGCAGCUGGGCUGUGGCACGGUGGCCCAUGCGUCCCCAUAUGCCCCAUUCGGGCAGGGCAAGGGACGCAUCUGGCUGCAUCCCUACUGCCUUGGCACUGAGGCCACCCUGCAGGACUGCUCCAACUUUGGCUGGGGCAAGCACUUCUGUGGUCACGAGUGGGACGUGGGAGUGAUCUGCACAGAGGCACUGGAGCUGCGGCUGGUGGAUGGCAGGGGACCCUGCGAGGGGAGAGUGGCGGUGAAGCUGCGAGGACGCUGGGGCACGGUGUACGAUGAUGUCUGGGACAUGAAUGAUGCCGAGGUGGUGUGCCAGCAGCUGGGCUGUGGCUCAGCUGCUGACACCAAGUUCACCUGGCGAGAUUUGCAAGCCAACAGUCCUUCAAUGUUGGCCUUUGUCAACUGCAAUGGGAACGAGAAGGCCAUCUGGGAUUGCAACAUUAAGGGC